UGGUUUAUAAUCAAUAGGAGGCAGUCAUGCAACCUCAAGGAUGUUUGCUGUCGUAAAACCCGAAAGAAGAAGAAGCUACGUACGGCGUAUCGCACGCUUCGUCCAGGGACUCCAUUGGAAAUUUGGAAAGGUCUGCUAAGCUGUAACGUUAAGAAUUGGCGGCCUGGUCCUGGUCACACCGACCCAACAUGUAUCGUAUCAAACCAACUCUGAAGGACCGACAGCACUUGUAUAAGCUCAUCAUAAGCCAGCUGCUCUAUGAUGGAUACACCAACAUCGCUAACAGUCUCAUCAGUGAGGUCAAACCCCAGAGUGUAGUAUCGCCCUCUGAGCAGCUGAUGCAGCUGGCAAAAAUAGGGAUGGAGAAUGAUGACAGUGCAGUUCAGUAUGCCAUUGGGCGCUCGGAUACAGUGGCUCCUGGAGUGGGCAUUGAUUUGGAAUUUGAUGCUGAUGUCCAGACCAUGUCUCCAGAGGCAUCAGAGUAUGAGACCUGCUAUGUCACAUCUCACAAGGGUCCAUGUCGUGUUGCCACAUACAGUCGUGAUGGCCAGCUGAUUGCCACUGGCUCUGCUGAUGCUUCCAUCAAGAUCCUGGAUACUGAGCGCAUGCUGGCCAAAAGUGCUAUGCCCAUUGAGGUGAUGAUGAACGAGACAGCACAGCAAAACAUGGAAAAUCACCCUGUGAUUCGGACAUUAUAUGACCACGUUGACGAAGUCACCUGUCUCGCCUUUCAUCCGAAUGAACAGAUUCUGGCUUCUGGCUCAAGAGAUUACACCCUUAAACUGUUUGACUACUCAAAGCCCUCUGCAAAAAGAGCAUUUAAAUAUAUACAGGAAGCAGAAAUGCUGCGUUCCAUCUCCUUCCACCCAUCAGGUGACUUCCUGCUGGUGGGUACACAGCACCCCACCCUUCGCCUUUACGAUGUCAACACCUUCCAGUGCUUUGUGUCCUGCAACGCACUGGACCAGCACACAGACACCAUCAGUGGUGUCAGCUACAAUCCCACUGCUAACAGCUAUGUUACCUGCAGCAAGGAUGGCAGCAUCAAACUGUGGGAUGGUGUCUCUAACCGCUGCGUGACCACUUUUGAGAAGGCCCAUGAUGGUGCCGAGGUCUGUUCUGCCAUCUUCUCCAAGAACUCCAAGUACAUUUUGUCCAGUGGCAAAGACUCAGUGGUGAAACUGUGGGAGAUCUCUACAGGCCGGACACUGGUCAAGUACACAGGGGCAGGACUGAGCGGCCGUCAGAUGCAUCGCACACAGGGUGUGUUCAAUCACACGGAGGACUACGUGCUGCUGCCAGACGAGCGCACCAUUAGCCUGUGCUGCUGGGACUCUCGCACAGCUGAGAGGAAAAACCUGCUGUCUCUUGGGCACAACAACAUCGUCCGCUGCAUCGUCCACUCGCCCACCAACCCAGGCUUCAUGACCUGCAGCGAUGAUUUCAGGGCUCGCUUCUGGUACCGCCGCACCACCACAGACUGAGACAAGUUCUGGUUCUAUGUUUCCACUCUGCUGCAUCCCUCCCCAUCCCCUCCUGCCUGACGGGGAACCAAACAGGAUACAAGGCUCUGCUGUCUCAGUAACUGACUGACUCCUCUGCAGUCUUCCGUGACUUCCCUUCUCUCAUUGCUUUCUUAUGACCUGUGGUAUCUUUCAUUUUCAUUUCAUUUCAGACUGUGCUGUGGAAUUUGUGAGUCUAGUACUUAAGAAAACAGUUGUCAUUGCACCAGGGGCCCAUAUGUAUAUUGAGAGAGGUCAUCAUUGCUGUCAUCAUUGCUCAUGCUUGCAUUAAAACAGCCCUUCCUAAAGUGCUUUCAGUGUAGAGAAAGGGAUCAGAACUUAGUCCUUGUUUUGUACAAAAAUACAUUGCAAAUGUAUCUGAAGUUAAUAUGAGGCUUUAGCUUUAAGUGGAUAUUUUCCAGCAUUACAGUUUUUAUUCCAAAUUUCUCUUUUUGUUACUACCCCACCACCACAGCUCAACAGGGAAACACAAAGCAGGAAUUCUGUUCUAAAAAGUCUAUCUUUGGAAGAGAUCCACUUGGUUUGAUCAGUUCACAUUGCUAAACCCCAUAUUAGUUUCAGGUAGACUACUGAAUAUAUUUUUUGCACAGAAUCAGGACUUUUUGUCCCCCAUCACUUCCACUGAAAGUGAUCUUUUAAAGGGAGUAACAGGAUGAUUGAUUAUCAGAAGACACAUCUGUUACAAUGUACAUACGAGGACUCAGAAUGAAAAACUCUUUGAUAUCAUCGUUAUGAUAAAUGUUUGUCUAUUUGAACUGAAAGUGCGGCUGUCUUUUCACUGCUUAGAAACUUGAGUUGAACCACUCUGAUCUCUCAUUUCUCAGUUUUAUUUCAUGAUUGACCAGAGAAUUGGUCGAUCUUUUCUACUUUUAUAUUGUGUCCAUGUUCUUUGUUGUAAUUCAAAUUUUUAUUAAACAUU